AUGGUAGCUUACACAGACUUUUUUCUCCACGAUACUCUCGACAACUAUGAGGACAAUGCCAAAUUCACCUCGGAGUAUCUUCCAAAGCUUGAAAAAUAUAGAGCAGAUUUGGCUGCUGGAUUAUUGCCAGAAAACACCGUUGAAUUGCCAGCUCCUGCUACGGAAUUAGCUGCUAAACAGUUCAAUGCCGUCAAGUACUUGCGUGAAAACAAACUUUUGACCGACGAAGAGUUUUCCAUCACCGACUCUCCAGCACAUGAGAUCGUGGCCAAGAUUGCCAAAGGUGAAUGGACUGCUGUCCAGGUAUUCAAGGCUUUCGCCAAAAGAGGAACGAUUGCACACCAAUUCACCAACUGUGCGUUGGAUCUCUUCCCAGAUGAGGGUUUGAAGAGAGCUCAGGAAUUGGACGAGUACUUCGCCAAAAACGGCAAGACCAUUGGCCCAUUGCAUGGAUUGCCAGUGUCAUUGAAGGAGCAGAUGAAUUACAAGAACAAGAUCACUCAUGGUGGUUACGUUUCGAUGAUCAACAACAUCCCAACCACCCACGCCAUCACCACGCAGAUCUUGGAAAACUUAGGUGCUGUGUUCUAUGUCAGAACUAACCAGCCUCAGACACUCAUGCACUUGUGUGGUAACAACAACUUUAUCGGUCACUCGAGAUGUCCAUACAACUUGGGAUUGACCUCUGGUGGCUCCUCAUCUGGUGAGGGUGCCAUUGUUGCAUUUGGAGGUACUCCUGUUGGUAUUGGUUCCGACAUUGGAGGCUCCAUCCGUGGCCCUGCUGCCUUCAGUGGAUGUGUGGGUUUGCGUCCUACUACAAACAGAUUCUCCAAGGCCGGAGGUAUCUCUGGAGGUGCUGGCCAGGAGUCCGUGCCUGCUGUAGAAGGUCCAUUGACUAGAUCGGUGGACGAUAUCGAUUUCCUCAUGGAUGCUUAUAUCAACGAAGGAAAGCCCUGGAUCACCGACUGCACCACUUACCCAUUGGCCUGGAGAAAGGUGGAGAAGCCUAAGCCAGAAACUUUGACCGUCGCCAUCAUGUAUGACGACGGCAUUGUGAAGCCUACUCCUCCAAUUGCAAGAGGUUUGAAGGUUGUGGCAGAAAAGUUGGCAGCUGCUGGUGUCAAAGUGGUAGAGUUCAAGCCCAUUAAGACCCAGCUUGCUCGUGACACCGUGAACAAAAUGUACUGCUGUGAUGGUAACUACAUGCAAAGAAAGUUGUUGGCAGACUCUGGAGAACCAUUGUGCAAGUUGACCAAGUGGUCUUUGAACUACGGAGAUGGUGCUAAGGUCUACGAGGUGGCAGACAACAGAAAGUUGAAUAUCAUCAGAGAUCAGUUAAAGCAGGAGUACACCAACUUCUUAAACGAGAACGACAUCGACUUCAUCAUCUCUCCAACCUACAGUAAUGUUGCACCCAGACCAGAGGAGGUGUACAAUUGGUCGUACACGUCUUUGUUCAAUCUCAUUGAUUUCCCUACUUUGGUCAUCCAAACCGGAUUGUUCCAAGACCCUGCAGUGGACAAGUUUGACAAGCCAUUCGAGGCCAGAUCGGACUUGGAGGCCCUUGAGCUUGGUAACUACGAUCCAGAGGGAUUUGUGGGGGCACCUAUUGGAUUGCAAAUUACUGGCAGAAGAUACUUUGACGAAGAAGUUGUUGCUGCUGGUAAGACAUUUGUUGACAUUUUGAAGGUUGACUUGUUCAACUUGUACAAGUAG